AUGGAAGAAGGGACUAGGACGAAGAAGACAAUCUUCGUAGGCGGCAUCGGAGACGAUGUAGACGAGAGGAUCCUGCUGGAGUCCUUUUCGACAUUUGGCGACAUCAUAGAUGUGCAACUCCCUCCGGCGGCCACCAAUCCUUCUCAGCAAACUGAGGCGAAACAUAGGGGAUUCGGCUUUGUGACAUUCUCGUCGCCUGCAGACGCGCAGGAUGCCAUCGACAACAUGGACCUUAACGAGCUAAACGGGCGCGUGCUGAAGGUUAACCUCGCACGCCAGUUCAAGGGUCCCACACAGGGUCUCGGAAACCGAGCCAUCUGGGAAUCGGAAGAUUGGCUCCAGCAAUACGCUAAACCGCUCAAUCAGAGUGGAGGUGCCGCACUGCGUGCGAAGGGUAGGGAAGGUUCGAAGGGUGCUGAGGAUGUAGAGGACGCGGAAAAGGAUGAGGACGAAGACGCCAUGAAAGUGUGA